CGGCCAGCCCCGGAGUAAAGAAGCCGAGUCCCGCGGCGUCGGGUUCAGUCUCCCCGGAGCUCUCCGCCGGCACUUUCGGUCAGGGCCAUGUCCUGCUACAUCUACCAGCUGCCCUCCUGGGUGCUGGACGACUUGUGCCGCAACAUGGACACGCUCAGCGAGUGGGACUGGAAUCAUUUCGCCUCCUAUGUGAUCACGGACCUGACCCAGCUGCGGAAGAUCAAGUCCAUGGAGCGGGUGCAGGGCGUGAGCAUUACCCGGGAGCUGCUGUGGUGGUGGGGGAUGCGUCAGGCCACCGUCCAACAGCUGCUGGAUCUCCUGUGUCACCUGGAGCUGUACCGUGCCGCCCAGAUCAUCCUGAACUGGAAACCAGUUCCUGAAAUCAGGCCUUCUGUCCCAGACUUCCCGGGUGCCGAGAAGCCAGGAAGGCCCUGGGCAGCUUCUGUAAGAAACACGGAGGAUGAACAGAAAAAGGGGCAGCCUGUGAGGCCAGCUGCCCUUCCUGACCCAGGGCCUGCUCCAGCCAGAGCCAGCCUCCUGCCUCCUCCUGAAGAUGCCCCUCCUUCCUUAAACACUGACCUUCCUGCUUCAUCUGAUUCAAAGGAUGUCAGCACCUCCAUUCCUAAGCAAGAAACCCUUCUGAGCUUGGCUGUAGACAGCCUUUUCUGGAAUGAGGUGGAUGUGGUUCAGGCAACCGAUAAUUUCAACCAAACCCACAAAAUCAGUGAGGGGACCUUUGCUGACAUCUACAGAGGACAAAGGCAGGGCAUACCAUUCGUCUUUAAGAAGCUCAGAGAGAUGGCCUGCUCAGGUCCAGGAUCAAUUGAAAAUUUCUUCCAAGCAGAGAUACGAAUUUGUCAUAGAUGCUGCCACCCCAAUGUCUUACCUCUGCUGGGCGUCUGCACUGGAAAACAGUUUUACAGCUUGAUCUACCCCUACAUGGCAAAUGGUUCUUUACAAGACAGACUCCGGUGCCAGGGUGGCUCAGACCCCCUCCUCUGGCCCCAGCGCAUCAGCAUCGUCUCAGGGCUGCUUCGUGCCGUGGAGCACCUGCACAGCCUGGAGAUCAUCCACAGCAACAUCAAGAGCUCCAAUGUUUUGCUAGAUCAAAACUUCACCCCCAUGCUGGCUCAUCCAAAGUCUCACCUGUGUCCUGACAAUAAAAGGUCAAAAUAUACCAGGAUGAAGACCCAUCUUUUCCAGGCCUCAGCUGCAUAUCUGCCAGAAGAUUUCAUCAAAGUGGGGCAGUUGACAAAGCGAGUGGACAUCUUUAGCUGUGGAAUAGUAUUAGCUGAGGUCCUCACUGGCAUCCCUGCGAUGGAUCACGACCGAAGCCCAGUUUACCUGAAGGAUUUACUCCUCCAUGAAAUUCCAAGUAGCACCAGGAAGACAGGUGUGGAGAAAGUGAUGGCUAAGGAGAUCUGCCAGAAAUACCUGGAGAAGAGAGCAGGGGUUCUGCCGGAAGACUGUGCGGAGGCUUUGGCCACGGCCGUCUGCCUCUGCCUGCGGAGGCGGAAUGCCAGCCUGGCAGAGGUGUGUGGCUCUGUGGUUGCUGUGGAAGAGCGGCUCAGAGGUCAGGAGACGUCGCUUCCUUGGGGUGGGCUUUCUGAGAGCACAGGCUCUUCCUCCAACAUCCCAGAAGAAACGGACGAUGUAGACAAUUCUAGCCUCGAUGCCUCCUCCUCCUUGAGGACAGCAUCCCGGUCUGGGGUUUCUGCUUCGCCUGCCCCCACAGAGGACGGAGAAGGCAGGAUGCAGGCCAGUGGGGGAAUGCAGGCUGACUCCUCCUCUGAGGCCUGUACCAGUCCAGAGUCUCCCCAGGAUGAGACUUCGUGGAAAAUCGAGAUCAACGAGGCCAAAAGGAAGCUGAUGGAGAAUAUCCUGCUCUACAAAGAGGAGAAACUGGACAGCAUCGCGCUUUUUGGCCCCUGAUUACCAGAACACAGCUGAGGACUCUUGUCCUCCAGUGGAAAGACAACUGUCUAAUCAAGAAAAAGAUUUGGGGCAAAAUCCAAGGUCUCCCAGGAACUACAAACCAAACAUCAGCCUACCUGGGGGGAAGGGAAACUUCCAAUUUCCAGAGUAAGUGUAAGGAGAAGGGACCUCAGCUUUUAGAGAAAGCAAAAUCCACGAAGUCCUCUUCCGUUCUGGGAUUUGUUAGUCAGAGCUGGGUAUCAUCAGGAGGUGGAAGCGGAAACCCUGGUACAUGGGCCCAGGAUGUGGGCAGGUUCGUGGUUCAGGGGAGGAUGUGACGUUAAGCGCCCCAGCAGAUGCCGUUACCCUGUUCUCACCCCUCAACAACUGACAGAGCGUUCUGAAUGCUGACGGCACUUUCCUAAGUUAAAAUCUCUGGGUCAUAUUUGCCAACGACCGCCUGCAAACCUCCGUGACCUGAAAGAUUUUCACCUUGUGUCCCAAUGCAGUUCUUGACGCACGUUUCAAGGUCUCAAGUUUUACAAAGGCCAGACACCUGGCAAAGGACUCUGUAGGCUUUCUGCUUUCUUUUUUCGAAAUCUUGCAACCCACAUAUAUUUAUUUAAUGUUUGUCUACACCUUUAUCCUCCCAUCCCACUAAUGCUAAUAUUUCUGAUGGAGUUUUUAUUUUGAGAAUAUGUGUUAUUUAUAGCUGGAUAAAAAAUCAGAAGAACUGGUUUCAUUCUGAUUCUGCUGCUAAUUAAGUCAAUCAUGUAAUUUCUGGAACCUCAGUUUCCUUGUAAGUAACACCUGUUCAUUCUCCCACCUUGGGCUGUUGGGAAGAAUAGGUGAGACAUAGCUAUAGAAGUACUUUGAAAAUGCACUUGUCCUGUUUUAUAAAAUAAAGAAAUAAAAAGACAUUAAACAUCUGUUUCUGCCAUGUACCUAAUGUUUAUGCAGUGGGUAUAUUUCUGAAAAGUCAUGUUGCAGAUUUUUUGGUGAAACAAAUGUUCUUUUAUAUUCAGUGUGCCCUAUUUUAAAUAAUCCUACUAUAGUGAUAUUUUCCCUUUUAUUUUUAUAAAAUAAAUAUACAUUAAUAAAGUCAA